AUGAAGCUAACGCGCCAGAUGGUUCUGUCCCGGGCCAAGGCCUCGGAGCUGCAUAGCGUGAAAAAGCUCAACUGCUGGGGCAGCCGCCUCACAGAUAUCUCCAUUUGCCGGGAGAUGCCCAGCCUGGAAGUGAUCACGCUCAGCGUCAACAGCGUGUCGACCCUGGAGCCCGUGAGCCGGUGCCAGCAGCUGAGCGAGCUUUACCUGCGGAGGAACCACAUUGCCAGCCUGAGCGAGCUCUCCCACCUGAAGGGCCUGCCGCGCCUGCGGGUGCUGUGGCUGGCCGAGAACCCGUGCUGCGGCGCUGACCCCCACCUCUACCGCAUGACCGUGCUGCGCAACCUGCCCAACCUGCAGAAGCUGGACAACCAGGCUGUGACUGAGGAGGAGCUGUCCCGGGCAUUGAUGGAGGGAGAGGAGGUCACGGCCCCCAGCAGAGAGGACACGGGGAAUGGCAGGCCCGAGCUGUCCUACGCCCUGAGUGCCAUGAACGCCGCUGCCGAGACCCAAGGGGACGCACUGAGCUACAGCGAGGAGGAGGCGAGCAUACGGGAACCGCUCGGCCCGAAGCCCCCUGCCCGGGACCGGUUUCCUUCCUUCCCACAGAGGGAGGCUGUGAGCAGCCACAAGAACAGGAACAACGUCCUGACUGCCAUCCUCCUGCUGCUUCGGGACUUGGACACGGAGGGGCUGGAGGCCGUGCACCAGACCGUGGUCAGCAGGCUGCAGGCUCUGCACAGACAGGAGCUGCAGGAGGACAUGGAGUGA